UUGUGCUGAAGACUACAGAGUGUUUGGAGUGCUCUUUUUGACGACCACACUUAUUUGAGUGUCAAAUGCAUGGAUUUUUCCCCAUAAUGAAGUUCAUCUUUUUCUUCAUCUAUCUACCUUUUGUUUACUCAGAGUCACACACUUUCAUGACCACAUACACUGGAAUAAAUGGACAGACAAUUGCAGGAAUCCCAGAGUUUUCUGCUGUAACUACACUGGAUGGACAACAGAUUGAUUAUUAUGACAGUGACAUAAAGGAGCUGAUUCCCCGACAGGACUGGAUGAAGGAGUUCAGUGCAAUUGGAGACACAUGGAAAGAAGAUACUGAGAUCAGAGAACAAGUGCAGCAGAUCUACAAAGACAAUAUUCAUGUUCUAAUGGAGCGAUUCAAUCAGACACGUGGUGUUCAUACGUAUCAGAGGAUGUAUGGAUGUGAAUGGGAUGAUCAGACUAACGACUCAUAUGGGUUUGAUCAGCACGGUUAUGAUGGAGAGGAUUUUAUCUCACUAGAUGUGAAUCAACUCAGAUACAUCACUCCUGUACCACAGGGAUUAAUAACAGCCAACACGUGGAAUAAUGACAGAGCCCAGCUUGAAUUUCUACAACAAUACUACAGACACGAUUGCGUUAACUGGUUAAAAUAUUUCUUGACAUUAAAGAAAGCGGAUUUAGAGAUAAGAGUUCCAGAAGUGUCUCUGUUACAGGAGGAUUCCUCCUCUCCAGUGAUGUGUCAUGCCACAGGUUUUUACCCAUCAGGAGUGACUAUUACCUGGUUAAGAAAUGGACAGGAUGAUUAUGAGGAUGUGGAUCUUGGAGAGACAGUACCAAAUGAGGAUGGGACCUUCCAGAAGAUAUUUACCCUCUAUGUCAAUCCAGAAGAGUGGAAGAAGAACCAGUUUGUUUGUGUGGUGGAGCACAAGGGAAAGACUAUCCGGAUCAUUCUGAGUGAGGACGAGAUCAAGAGUAACAAAAGAAGAUGGAAGAUGAACCAGUAUUUCUGUGUGGCGGAGCACAAGGGAAAGACCAUCCAGUAGAUUCGUGAUCAAGAAUAACAACAAAACUGAGCAGAAAUCAAAUGAAAUGAAAAGCCAACCUAUAGUGACAAACAACUUUGAAGAGUUUCCUCUAAUUAUCUGCACUUUUCCCAGAUUUCAGUAUAACUGGGAAUCCUCAGAAUAUGGGAGAACAGAUAAUUUCCAGCAUGCAUG